CAGCCUCUUCUUGAAAACUGCCAGUGAGGGGGAGCUCACCACCUCCCAAGGCAGCUGAUUCCACUUUUGAACUACUGUGACGGUGCCAUAUGAAACACUGAAUAAACGAUUCCGGGCAGCUCAGAAAAACAUUGACCGAGAAACUAGCCACGUUACUAUGGUGGUAGCCGAGCUAGAAAAGACACUGAGCAGCUGUCCAGCUGUGGAUUCUGUGGUUAGUCUCCUUGAUGGAGUAGUCGAAAAGCUCAGUGUUUUGAAACGAAAGGCAGUUGAGUCAAUCCAGGCUGAAGAUGAGAGUGCAAAGCUAUGCAAGCGCAGGAUUGAGCAUCUUAAAGAACAUAGCAGUGAUCAACCAGCUGCUGCAAACAUGUGGAAGAAAAAACGAAUGGAUCGCAUGAUGGUGGAACAUCUCUUACGGUGUGGUUACUACAACACAGCUGUAAAACUAGCCAGGCAAAGCGGUAUUGAGGAUUUGGUAAAUAUCGAGAUGUUUUUGACUGCCAAAGAAGUAGAGGAAUCCUUGGAAAGGCAGGAAACGGCGACUUGCUUAGCUUGGUGCCAUGAUAACAAGUCCAGGCUCAGGAAGAUGAAGAGUUGCCUGGAGUUCAGCCUAAGGAUUCAGGAGUUCAUUGAACUUAUUCGACAGAACAAGAGGCUGGAUGCUGUGAGACAUGCAAGGAAGCAUUUCAGCCAAGCCGAAGGGAACCAGCUGGACGAAGUGCGGCAAGUGAUGGGGAUGCUGGCCUUUCCUUCUGACACCCACAUCUCUCCUUACAAGGAUCUUUUGGACCCUGCUCGAUGGAGGAUGCUAAUCCAGCAGUUCAGAUAUGAUAACUACAGGCUGCAUCAGCUGGGGAACAACUCCGUCUUCACUAUCACACUCCAGGCUGGGCUUUCUGCUAUAAAAACCCCACAAUGUUAUAAAGAAGAUGGCAGUUCAAAAAACCCUGACUGCCCCGUGUGUAGUAAGUCCCUGAAUAAGCUGGCUCAGCCUCUGCCCAUGGCCCACUGUGCCAACUCCCGACUAGUCUGCAAGAUUUCAGGAGAUGUGAUGAAUGAAAACAACCCUCCCAUGAUGCUUCCCAAUGGAUAUGUGUAUGGAUACAAUUCUUUGCUUUCUGUUCGUCAAGAUGACAAAGUAAUUUGCCCAAGAACCAAAGAGGUCUUCAACUUCUCACAAGCUGAGAAGGUCUACAUCAUGUAACUCCCUUGUACAAAGUGCCGCUGGAAUUUGACGCAGUGUAUGUUCUGGCCUGUCUUUAGAGCAAGAUCUUGUGUGUGGCAAAGAGAUCUGCCGUCUCGGGGUGGGGGGGGAGGGGUCAGAUUGUUGGUGGCAUUUUUUUUGAUUGCGACCAAAGAUCAAUAAGCAACAAUAUACACUCUUGACACGAGGGAAGUACGAGUAACAGUUUGUACUUUGGAGGGAACAAAUUUUGAACGCUUGGAUUUUGUAACAGUAAUUGGACUUUCCUCUCACACUCAUCCAACAAAAGAAGCUUCCUCAAAAACGGACCAUUUCUCUUGAGAUCGGAAAUUGCAGAGGAUCUCCCAAGGGUUACGUCACACUGAUUAGUCCUGUUUUCAGCAUCUUCAGUGUGGGCCCGUGUAGGUGAAACUCUAUGACUUGCGUAGGCAAAACUGUUAUUAUUUAAAGGAGCUAAAUAUGCAAAUACAUGGUGUAUACACAAAGGAGUUGUAGCCAGCUGCAGCUUCUGAAUGUCUGUCGAGUUUGUGGCUCCAGGUGUGCUUAUGUCCCCUUCAAAGGUAGUGGUGGUCAUCAGGUAGGAUGCAAACUGGAAAGGUGAAAGUGUGAAGUUGGCCUUGGUGUUCUUCAUUUCUGUGUUCACUGUUGGCUCUAAGAAACCUUUUGUACGUGAUUUUCCUCUCCACCUGGAUACGAAUUGUUCAUGGGACUGAUGCCGACGUAAUUGACACAUGGCUAACUUCACAGGAAGAAUGAGAAAUUCCUCUGAAGGGAGGUGCAAGUGUUUCUUCUCUUCCCAGCCCCCUUUCUAAAACCCCUCCCUUCUUAAAGCAUUGUAGAAAGAUUGCAUAAAUACAAAUCCAACUGAGAACAUUACAAGCAUAAUACACUGCUUGUAUGUCUAUUUCCCAAUUUAUCAUAGUGUUAAAAGUCCUUCACUUAUUAGUUACUUACAUGCAUAGGAUUCAAUAUCGAACCAUUAGUGCUACUGCCUUAUUUCUUGCUUUGAGAAUGUAUUCACAUUUAAAAAAUCAACCUUAAAUGUUUGGCAAGUUUUUGAAGAUGGCUUGCAGGAUAAUUAUGUCAUUUUAGGGUACUCAUUACGGAAGAGAUUAGUUCAAUUUAACAGCUACAAAUCACACCCAUAUCACUCUCCAAGCAAAACCAUUGUAAUUAAAAUCAUACAGUAGAAGUUCGUAUUUUGCAUUUAUUUUUGCAUGUUGAUGUCAAUUAGCUAAUAAAGACUGUAAACAAACCUUG